AGGUGUUUAAGGAACGGGUGGAUGAAGUGCUGAGGGACAUGGUUUAGGGAGUGUUAGGAAUGGUUGGACUCCAUCAUCCAAUGGGUCCUUUCCAACCUGGUGAUUCUGUGAUUCUGUGAUUCUGUGAUUCUUGCUGCCUCCCCAGGCCCCAACGCGCAUGAGGGAGCUGCGGAGGAGGCUGCGCUGGGCUCCACGGGCACGAGGGGCUGAUCCCCUCCCUGCUCGCAGGGCUUGCACGUAGCAGCCUGCACUGCCAUCUGGAAGCUCCUGCAGCCCCGGCUCGGCAGGUUCCUCCGGCAGAGCCCAGGUUGUGUCCUUGCAGACGGCGUGUGGAGCCGUUGCGGGAGCCGCUCCGCUGCAAGACGCUCCAACAUUGACAGCUUAUCCCAAGGCUGUGCCCGGUGGCAGAGGAGACCCAGGAAGGCUCUUGAUUCCCACCACACAGCCAUGGCAGAUGAAGAGGAACACCCAUCGGCUCUCUCGGAUAACCAGGUCUUCGUGUUGACGUGCAUCUACCUGCUGGCCUCGCUGCUGAGCCUCCUGGGCAGCGGAUCCAUCCUCGCUGUCACCUCCUGGCAGAGGCGGUGCUGCCACAUCCAGCUUCGCCCCCUUUUUCUUCUCGCCCUGGCAGAUUUCUUGGCCGCCGCUGUGCUGCUGAGCACGGCCACCAUCCAGCUGCUGCCAGCCCCGCUCUUCAUCCCGGCGUACGCUGCCUGCCCCUACGGAACGAUGCUGGCCACGACCUUCUACUCAGUCUCGUUCCUGAUGGUCAUUGUCUACGCGUACGAAGCCCACCGCACCGUCCGUGGCGGGAGAGCCUGGCACGUGGCCGCUCUGCAGGACAGGAGUGGGUGCCUGGAGAGCAUCUGGCAGGGGUUGCCAUCCAUCCUGGCCUGGCUGGUGCCAGCGCUCACGUUCCUGGGACAGCUGAUCGCUCACGGCACCUCCAUCACCGAUAUCGCACCAAAACCCAUCGAGCCUAUCACGCCAUGGAAAGGCAACCGCUCCGAGACCUACAGCCUCUACUGCUCCAGCUGCCUUCUCCUCAUCCGUCGCGCUCAGGAUAUCUGCUACGAGUAUACAGCGAGGAAGGACGUGGGGCUGGAAGGGAAAAUCAUCUUCUUCUUGUACCUCCUGCUGGUGCUCAGCUGCUGCACGCUCCUGUACCGCAGGGUGAAGCUCUGGUGCCGGAGGAACGCCGCAGCGCCUUUGCUGACCCUGGAGAAGGACGGCUUCGCGAAGAAGAGCAUCGGCAGCGUCAGCAGAGUCUCCCACUACUUCCAGCUGGUUUUCCUGCUCUGUUGGGCACCAGCCUUCCUCCUCACCGUCCUCUCCUUCACCAGCAUCAAACCUGCAGCGGUUUUUGUCCUCUAUGUUGUUACAGCUUUGACCGUCUCCCUCCAAGGCUUCCUGCACAGUUUGGUCUACGGUUGGCUGAGGCAAAACUUCCGAGAGGAGGCAGUGGGCAAGAGGUCCUCCCUGUGGCAUCCGCGGGGCCUCAAGGCUUUCUACGAUGACUCCCUGGGGGCUGUUCCCUAGGUUGUCACCUCAUCCUGCUGCCUCCAGGUUGUCCAAAGCUUGAGUUGUACAUUCCCAGCAGAUCCCUGCAGCUGGGUAGGAUCUCCCUGGACUUCCUUUCAUGCCUGGAAAGUUGGAGCAUGGUGCCAACUGAUGGCAUUUCUGACAGCGGUGGGGGCUGAGGUGGCUCUGCUCCUGGUGGGAAGCCCACUCGGAGGCAACCCAACACCCCACCACCCACACCGUGCAGACAGUGACCCCACCAGAAGCUGCUGGACCAUAGGAGGUGGGACAGGAGCUCUCUAGAAGAAGGCUGCCCAUGUCCCGCACCACAACUGACUUAGCUGUGGGCAGCAGCAGGGCCUGCAGGCUCACGAGCAUUCCAAUGCUGCAGGAGAAGUUUGGCCACCCCCAACCCUUCCAGCAAUGGAACAUAAGCUGCGACUCCUCAGGAUGGUGGUGGUGGUUCCUCCUGUUUGGUUUGGUCUUGUUUCAGCGUUACGCCUUCUGUCAGAGCAAUCCAAGUUCCUCGCAGGGAUCGGGAAAAAGGGCUUACAAAUAAACGUGUUAUGGUUGAGGUGCUCCUGGGCUUUGCUGCUCUUCCAUGAGUAGCAGGAACAGGUGGCUCGUGCCUCCUUCCUGCCUCUGGGAAGGUUCUUGGCCAAGACCACGUCAACGGAGACGAAGAAGCCAUUGCUGGGAAUGAUUCAUAGAAUCAUAGAAUUGUCUGGUUGGAGAAGACCUUUGAGAUCAUCGAGUCCAACCAUCCCUGUCCACCACUAAACCGUAUCUCUGAGCACCUCAUCUUCCCAUCUUUUAAACCCCUCCAGGGAUGGGGACUCCACCACCGCCCUGGGCAGCCUCUGCCAGGGCCUGAGAACCCUUUCGGUGAAGGAAUGCUUCCUGAUGUCAAUUCUGAACCUUCCCUGGUGCAACUUGAGGCCAUUUCCUCUCAUCCCAUCCUUUGUUCCUUGGGAGAAGAGACCAACACCCAUCUUGGUACAACCUCCUUUCAGGUUGUAGACAGUGAUGAGGUCUCCUCUCAGCCUCUUUUUCUCCAGGCUAAACAAUCCCAGGUCCCUCAGCCGCUCCUCGUAACCCUUCUUCUCCAGCCCCUUCCUCAGCUCCAUUGCCCUUCUCUGGACACGCUCCAGGCCCUCAAGGUCUUUUGUAGAGUGAGGGGCCCAAAACUGAACCCAAGAUUUGAGAUGCAGCCUCACUAAUGCCGAGUCGAUGAGCACAAUCCCCUCCCUGGACCUGCUGGCCACGCCGUUUCUGAUC